UCUUCUUCUUCUUUUCUUCUUCUUCACACACUAUCACUAUGGCUAACGAAACAUCAACUUGCGUUUUUAUUACGACGAACAAACAUACACAUUUUGGUAUUCUUUUGAACGGAGACGAUUCUGUUUCCGUUUUCAAAGAAAAAAUAAGCAUGGAGCACCAACAAUGCUUCCCUAGUUUUGGGAAAAUCUCUGUCUCUGCCUUGAAGGUUGACUUGGGAGGUCAAUUUUAUCACCUAUCAGACUCGAUUAUUUUGAGCCAAGCUAUCCAAGGCAUCAGAAACGACGACUGGUACCUUUUCGUUGAUGUUGAGGUGAAUGGUGAGAUGCUGCCUAUUACUGCUCCUUGUUCAAACCCUGAUCCGAAUCUGAUUACCAAAGUCACUGAGGAAAAGACCAAAAAGAGGAAACUCAAAAUUUCGGCUAGUGACAAAAAGUCUCAAAAGAAACCCGCUCUUGGGGAUGCUACAAGUGGCAAAGGAGUUGUUGAAGCCAUCGGUAUAGACGUUGUAAAGGAUUUAACAAAUGUCACUGCUCCGGCGUUAGAAGCUAUGGAUGGCGUUCAUGAGAAUCCCAAAGUAGACCUUGGAAAGGAGGUAACAAAUCUUCUUUCUGAAGCGAUAGGAAAAGCUUGUCCUACAAGUAAUUUGGAGGCUAGUAGCUCAGCUGGACUUGAGAAAAGCUCAAAAGAUCAGAUUGAUCUGUCUCUUGUUGCUCAGAAUGAAGGCCUGAAAGAUGGCAUUGUUGCAACUUCUGAAUCUGUUCCAAGCUCGAGUGGAGGAAAGAUUACCAAUACUCUUGUAUUAUUGGCAGAUCCAAGAGCAAAAGAGAUUGGUGCAAAGGACAUUGGUGAAAAAGAUGCUGAUGAGGCUAGCAAAUCUGUGAAGGCUACAAAAAAAAUAAUGACAAAGAAAGCUAAGGCACCAGCUAAAGAAGAAACUGAAGGUUCUUCUAGCGCGCCCAAAGUUGAGCCUGGUGUUGUUGUCAGUGACCCUCAGGAGAACGUGGGCAAAGUUGAAAAGAAGUCAAGCAAGAAAUCAAAGAAGAAACCAUCUUCGAAUGUUGUGGAGGAGUCUUGAUUGUUGUCAUCUUUGAUUUAACAAAAAAAUUGCUCUGCUACUGUGCUACUUUUAUCUAGUUUUCUGUCUUUUUGUUUUUCUCUAUUGCUACCUGAUUUCCCUAGUUUCAAAAACUUAUUUGCUGGUUCUUUUCUUUCAAAGAAUCGUUUAGGUUGUUUUCUUGUUUCUGUUUUGUUAUAAUGCAUGAUUUCAU